AUGAAUCCCGCCGAAGGGGCGGCAGAGGAAGGCGCUGUCCCUGACUCCGAGGUGGAUGCUUUCUUCCGAACAGGUUCUUUUCGAAAUGAUGGUUUAAAAGCUGCUGAUGUCCUUCCUAUACUGAAGGAGAAAGUAGCCUUUGUUUCAGGUGGCCGUGAUAAACGAGGAGGUCCUGUCUUGACCUUCCCAGCCCGCAGCAAUCACGACAGAAUAAGGCAGGAAGACCUUCGGAAACUUGUGACUUAUUUGGCCAGCGUGCCAAGCGAAGAUGUUUGUAAGCGAGGAUUCACUGUUAUUAUCGAUAUGCGGGGAUCCAAAUGGGAUUUGAUCAAGCCUCUCCUAAAAACCCUUCAAGAAGCCUUUCCUGCUGAGAUUCAUGUUGCUCUGAUUAUAAAGCCUGAUAAUUUCUGGCAGAAGCAGAAAACGAACUUUGGCAGUUCCAAGUUCAUCUUUGAGACAAGUAUGGUAUCUGUUGAAGGCCUGGCAAAACUGGUAGACCCUUCUCAACUGACAGAUGAGUUUGAAGGAUCGUUGGAUUACAACCACGAUGAAUGGAUAGAGCUGCGCGUCUCCUUGGAAGAGUUUUUCAACAGUGCAAUCCAUUUAUUAUCAAGGCUGGAGGAUCUCCAGGAAAUGUUGGCCAGGAAGGAGUUUCCAGUGGAUGUUGAGGGCUCCAGAAGGCUGAUUGAUGAGCACACACAGCUGAAGAAAAAAGUGAUUAAAGCUCCUGUGGAAGAGCUGGAUCGGGAGGGUCAGAGGUUAUUACAAUGCAUAAGAUGCAGCGAUGGUUUUUCUGGUAGGAACUGCAUUCCUGGAAGUGCAGAUUUUCAAAGUCUUGUGCCAAAGAUCACCAGCCUUUUAGACAAGCUGCAUUCUACCCGGCAGCACUUGCACCAGAUGUGGCAUGUCCGCAAGCUGAAACUAGACCAGUGCUUUCAACUCCGGCUGUUUGAGCAAGACGCUGAGAAGAUGUUUGACUGGAUCAGCCACAACAAAGAAUUGUUCCUGCAGAGUCACACGGAGAUCGGCGUGAGCUAUCAACAUGCCCUUGAUCUACAGACACAGCACAAUCACUUUGCCAUGAAUUCCAUGAACGCCUAUGUCAAUAUCAAUCGGAUCAUGUCUGUUGCGUCCAGGCUUUCUGAAGCAGGCCAUUAUGCUUCCCAGCAAAUUAAACAAAUAUCAAGCCAGCUGGAUCAAGAAUGGAAGAGUUUUGCUGCAGCGCUGGAUGAGCGCAGCACCAUCUUAGCCAUGUCUGCUGUCUUUCACCAGAAGGCUGAACAGUUUCUUUCAGGUGUGGACGCCUGGUGCAAAAUGUGCAGUGAAGGAGGCCUCCCCUCAGAAAUGCAAGACCUGGAACUGGCCAUCCAUCAUCAUCAGACCCUGUAUGAACAAGUAACACAGGCCUACACAGAGGUAAGCCAGGAUGGAAAAGCCUUACUGGAUGUCUUACAACGUCCCUUGAGCCCUGGCAAUUCUGAAUCUCUCACUGCCACUGCAAACUACUCCAAAGCUGUUCACCAAGUGCUGGAUGUGGUACACGAAGUCCUACAUCACCAGCGGCGCUUAGAGAGCAUCUGGCAACACAGAAAGGUCCGACUACAUCAAAGGCUGCAGCUCUGUGUUUUCCAGCAGGAUGUUCAACAGGUACUGGACUGGAUUGAAAAUCAUGGGGAAGCCUUUCUAAGUAAACACACAGGAGUGGGGAAGUCUCUACACCGAGCACGCGCGCUGCAGAAAAGGCACGAUGAUUUUGAAGAGGUAGCACAGAAUACGUACACCAAUGCAGACAAGCUUUUGGAAGCUGCAGAGCAGUUGGCUCAGACUGGGGAAUGUGACCCUGAAGAGAUCUAUAAAGCAGCACGGCAUCUGGAAGUACGGAUUCAGGACUUUGUCCGGAGGGUGGAACAGAGAAAACUUCUCUUGGACAUGUCAGUCUCCUUCCACACCCACACCAAAGAGCUGUGGACAUGGAUGGAAGAUCUGCAAAAGGAGCUCUUAGAGGAUGUCUGUGCUGAUUCUGUGGAUGCAGUUCAGGAGCUUAUCAAGCAGUUUCAGCAGCAACAAACAGCCACCUUGGAUGCUACCCUCAAUGUGAUUAAAGAAGGGGAAGAUCUAAUCCAACAGCUCAGGGAUUCUGCUGUUUCCAACAAUAAGACUCCACACAACAGCUCCAUCAGCCACAUUGAAUCUGUCCUUCAGCAGCUUGACGAGGCCCAGGUACAGAUGGAAGAGCUCUUCCAUGAGAGAAAGAUUAAGCUAGACAUUUUCCUUCAGCUCCGGAUUUUUGAACAGUACACCAUUGAGGUCACAGCAGAGUUAGAUGCCUGGAAUGAAGAUCUGCUGAGACAAAUGAAUGAUUUCAAUACCGAAGACCUCACUCUGGCCGAGCAGCGUUUGCAGCGUCACACCGAGCGGAAGCUGGCUAUGAACAACAUGACCUUUGAAGUCAUCCAGCAAGGGCAAGAUUUACACCAAUACAUCAUGGAGGUCCAGGCUUCAGGUAUCGAGCUGAUCUGUGAAAAAGACAUUGAUCUUGCAACACAGGUUCAAGAACUGCUGGAAUUUCUUCAUGAGAAACAGCAUGAGCUGGAGCUUAAUGCUGACCAAACCCACAAGAGGUUAGAGCAGUGCCUACAGCUCCGGCACCUACAGGCUGAAGUCAAGCAGGUGCUUGGCUGGAUCAGGAAUGGUGAAUCAAUGCUGAACGCAAGCCUUGUCAAUGCAAGCUCCCUCUCUGAAGCUGAGCAGCUCCAGCGAGAGCAUGAACAGUUUCAGCUGGCCAUAGAGAAGACACACCAGAGUGCCCUGCAAGUCCAGCAGAAAGCCGAAGUGUUGCUACAGGCUGGGCAUUAUGAUGCUGAUGCUAUCAGAGAGUGUGCUGAAAAAGUGGCCCUGCACUGGCAGCAGCUGAUGCUGAAGAUGGAGGACAGGCUCAAACUUGUCAAUGCCUCGGUGGCCUUCUAUAAAACUUCUGAGCAGGUGUGCAGUGUAUUAGAGAGUCUAGAGCAAGAAUACAGACGGGAUGAAGACUGGUGUGGAGGGCGUGAUAAACUUGGACCAGCAGCUGAGAUAGACCACGUCAUCCCUCUGAUCAGCAAACACCUGGAACAGAAGGAGGCUUUUCUCAAGGCCUGUACACUGGCACGAAGGAAUGCUGAGGUAUUCCUCAAGUACAUCCACAGGAACAAUGUCAGCAUGCCUGGAGUAGCAAGCCAUACAAGGGGGCCUGAGCAGCAAGUAAAAGCCAUUCUGAGUGAGCUGCUGCAGAGGGAGAACAGAGUCCUUCACUUCUGGACCCUGAAGAAGCGGAGAUUAGAUCAGUGCCAACAGUAUGUUGUCUUUGAGCGCAGUGCCAAGCAGGCCUUAGACUGGAUCCAAGAAACUGGCGAAUAUUACCUCUCUACUCACAACUCCACAGGGGAAUCAGCAGAAGAAACUCAGGAACUCCUGAAAGAAUAUGGGGAAUUCAGAGUACCUGCCAAGCAAACAAAGGAGAAAGUGAAGCUCCUCAUCCAGCUGGCUGACAGCUUUGUAGAAAAAGGACAUAUCCACGCCACUGAAAUUAGGAAGUGGGUCACCACCGUUGACAAACGCUACCGUGACUUCUCUCUCAGGAUGGGGAAAUACCGCUACUCCCUGGAAAAAGCCCUUGGAAUCAAUACAGAGGAUAACAAGGACCUCGAACUAGAUAUUAUUCCAGCAAGUCUUUCAGACCGGGAGGUAAAACUGAGAGAUGCAAAUCAUGAAGUCAAUGAAGAAAAAAGAAAGUCGGCCAGGAAAAAAGAAUUCAUUAUGGCUGAGCUGCUUCAGACAGAAAAAGCUUAUGUCAGGGACUUACAUGAAUGUUUAGAGACUUACCUUUGGGAAAUGACAAGUGGAGUUGAAGAAAUACCUGCUGGGAUCCUUAAUAAAGAACACAUCAUCUUUGGCAAUAUUCAGGAGAUAUAUGACUUUCAUAACAACAUUUUCCUAAAAGAACUAGAGAAAUAUGAACAACUGCCUGAGGAUGUGGGCCACUGCUUCGUUACCUGGGCAGAUAAAUUUCAGAUGUAUGUCACCUACUGUAAAAACAAGCCUGACUCCAGCCAGCUCAUCCUGGAACAUGCAGGAACCUUCUUUGAUGAAAUUCAGCAAAGACAUGGUUUGGCCAACUCUAUCUCUUCUUAUUUAAUCAAGCCUGUCCAGAGGAUCACAAAAUAUCAACUCCUACUGAAGGAACUGCUGACCUGCUGCGAGGAGGGCAAAGGGGAACUCAAAGAUGGUCUGGAAGUGAUGCUCAGUGUCCCAAAGAAGGCCAACGAUGCAAUGCAUGUCAGCAUGCUGGAAGGGUUUGAUGAGAACCUGGACGUCCAGGGAGAGCUGAUUCUUCAGGAUUCCUUCCAAGUGUGGGAUCCCAAGUCUCUCAUUCGGAAAGGCCGUGAGAGGCAUUUGUUUCUCUUUGAAAUCUCUUUGGUGUUUAGCAAAGAGAUCAAAGAUUCUUCAGGACACACAAAAUAUGUUUACAAGAACAAGUUACUGACCUCAGAACUGGGUGUGACUGAACAUGUUGAAGGAGAUCCCUGUAAAUUUGCUUUGUGGUCUGGACGAACACCUUCCUCAGACAAUAAAACAGUGCUGAAAGCAUCCAGUAUUGAAACAAAACAGGAAUGGAUCAAAAAUAUCCGAGAAGUCAUUCAAGAAAGGAUUAUCCAUCUGAAAGGAGCUCUGAAAGAGCCAAUUCAGCUCCCCAAGACACCAGCAAAGCAACGAAACAACAGUAGAAGAGAUGGAGUAGAGGAUGCAGACAGCCAAGGAGAUGGCAGCAGUCAACCUGACACCAUUUCUAUAGCAUCUAGGACAUCACAGAACACAGUGGACAGUGAUAAGUUGUCUGGAGGGUGUGAACUAACCGUGGUGCUCCAGGACUUCACAGCGGGCCACAGCAGCGAGCUGAGCAUUCAGGUGGGGCAGACAGUGGAGCUGCUGGAGAGGCCGAGCGAAAGGCCAGGCUGGUGUUUGGUCCGGACCACAGAGCGGAGCCCACCUCAGGAGGGCCUGGUCCCCAGCAGUGCUCUCUGCAUUUCCCAUUCCCGCAGCAGUGUGGAGAUGGAUUGCUUCUUCCCUUCAGGAAAAGAUGCAUAUUCAGUCUCUUCCAAUGACAAUGGGGGCAAGUCUGAUUCAGUGGCCAACUUACAACCUCAGCCAUCCCUCAACUCCAUCCAGAGCUCCCCUGGCCCCAAGCGCUCGACCAACACCCUGAAGAAAUGGUUGACUAGUCCUGUGCGCCGGCUCAACAGCGGAAAGACCGAGAGCAACAUCAAGAAACAAAAGAAGGUGCGAGAUGGCAGGAAGAGCUUUGACCUCGGCUCUCCAAAGACUGGAGAUGACACUACCCCUCAAGGAGACAGCGCUGAUGAGAAGAGCAAGAAAGGUUGGGGAGAAGAUGAACCAGAUGAAGAGUCUCACACACCUCUUCCUCCUCCUAUGAAGAUUUUUGACAAUGAUCCAACCCAAGAUGAGAUGUCCUCUUCUUUGCUAGCUGCUCGACAGAGCUCCUCCGAUGUCCCAACUGCUGCGGAUCUUGUCAGUGCAAUAGAAAAGUUGGUCAAAACUAAGCUGACCCUUGAAGGAGGAUCUUACAGAGGAAGCUUAAAAGAUGCCACUGGCUGCUUAAAUGAAGGAAUGACACCUUCAACUCCCCCACGAAACCUUGAAGAGGAGCAAAAAGCCAAAGCAAUGAGAGGCAGGAUGUUUGUCUUAAAUGAACUGGUACAGACUGAAAAAGACUACGUCAAAGACUUGGGAACUGUUGUGGAGGGCUUCAUGAAGAGGAUGGAAGAAAAAGGAGUUUCUGAAGAUAUGAAAGGGAAAGAUAAGAUUGUAUUUGGCAAUAUUCACCAGAUCUAUGACUGGCAUAAAGACUUUUUCCUAGCUGAACUGGAAAAAUGUCUUCAAGAACCUGACCGUUUAGCACAGCUUUUUAUUAAACACGAGCGGCGAUUACACAUGUAUGUGGUGUAUUGCCAAAACAAACCACGAUCUGAAUAUAUAGUAGCUGAGUAUGAGGCAUACUUUGAGGAGGUUCAACAGGAAAUAAGCCAACGGCUAACCAUUAGUGACUUUCUGAUCAAACCCAUUCAAAGAAUAACUAAGUAUCAGCUUCUUCUCAAGGACUUUCUGAGGUACAGUGAAAAAGCUGGACUGGAGUGCUCUGAUAUAGAGAAAGCAGUUGAAUUAAUGUGCCUUGUACCAAAACGUUGCAAUGAUAUGAUGAACCUGGGUCGCCUCCAAGGCUUUGAGGGCAAGCUGACAGCUCAAGGCAAGCUGCUGCAGCAGGACACCUUCUAUGUGACAGAGCAGGAUUCUGGAGUUCAGUCUCGACCGAAGGAGCGCAGGGUGUUUCUCUUUGAGCAAAUAGUUAUCUUCAGUGAACUCCUUAGAAAAGGAUCUUUAACGCCAGGCUACAUGUUCAAGAAAAGCAUAAAGAUGAACUACCUUAUCAUUGAGGAAAACGUGGACAAUGAUCCCUGCAAGUUUGCUCUAAUGAGCCGGGAAACGUCAGAGAGAGUAAUUUUACAGGCAGCUAAUCCAGAAAUUCAACAAGCUUGGGUACAGGACAUCAACCAGGUCCUGGACACACAAAGAGAUUUCCUAAAUGCUCUCCAGUCUCCCAUAGAGUACCAACGCAAAGAAAACAGCUCUGCAGUGCUGAGGCCUCAGACGGGUAGGGUCACUCAGCCCAACAGCAGACCCUAUUCUUCUGUUCCAGUAGGGUCUGAGAAGCCUUUGAAGGCUACAAGCCGUAAUCCAUCUCUCCCACCCCUGAAGAUAUCUACCUCCAAUGGCAGCACAGGGUAUGAACACUCACAGCCUGGAGACAAGUAUGAACAAAACAAGACUGAUUUGGGAGGGUGCAAUGGGACCUCUUCCAUGGUGGUGAUUAAAGAUUACUAUGCACUGAAGGAGGAUGAGAUCUGUGUGAAUCAAGGAGAGGUGGUUCAGAUCCUUGCUAUCAACCAGCAGAACAUGUUCCUGGUGUACCAGCCUGCAAAUGACCACUCUCCAGCCGCUGAAGGAUGGAUCCCUGGCAAUAUCUUGGCUCCCCUCACUAAAUCCACCACAGAUAAUAACGACGGAAGCAUCAAGAAGUCAUGUUCAUGGCAUACCCUGCGCAUGAGAAAGCGGGCGGAAAAGGAGAGCAGUGGCAAAAAUGAAGCCAAUGGGCCACGUAAAUCCAAGGAUAUUCUGGGGAACAAAGUCUCUGUUAAAGAGACAAACAGCUCAGAGGAAUCAGAGUGUGAUGACCUUGACCCCAAUACUAGCAUGGAGAUAAUCAACCCCAAUUUCAUUCAAGAAGUGGCUCCAGAGUUUCUUGUGCCAUUAGUGGACGUCACCUGCCUGCUCGGUGACACAGUGAUGCUGCAGUGCAAAGUCUGCGGACGGCCCAAACCAACUAUAACCUGGAAGGGACCAGAUCAAAACAUUCUUGACAAUGACAACAGCACAGCCACUUACACGGUGUCAUCCUGUGACUCCGGGGAGCUCACCUUGAAGAUCUGCAAUCUGAUGCCUCAGGACAGUGGCAUUUACACCUGUGUGGCAACCAAUGAACAUGGAACUGCAUCAACCUCUGCAACCAUCAAAGUUCAAGGUGUCCCAGCUGCCCCAAAUCGUCCCAUUGCUCAGGAGAGAAGCUGCACCUCUGUGAUCCUACGCUGGCUACCCCCAUCCAGUACAGGCAAUUGCACCAUUUCAGGCUACACUGUGGAGUACAGAGAAGAAGGCUCACAGGUCUGGCAGCAGUCAGUAGCCUCAACUUUGGACACGUACCUUGUCAUUGAGGACCUGGCCCCAGGCUGCCAGUAUCAGUUUCGAGUGAGUGCCAGCAAUCCCUGGGGGAUCAGCUUGCCCAGCGACCCAUCCGAAUUUGUACGGCUCCCGGAGUACGACUCUGCUGCUGACGGUGCCACUGUUUCAUGGAAGGAAAACUUUGACCUUGCUUAUGCAGAGCUGCAUGAGAUUGGGAGGGGUCGCUUCUCCAUAGUAAAGAAAUGUGUUCACAAAGCUACCAGAAAAGAUGUUGCUGUAAAAUUCAUUAGUAAAAAAAUGAAAAAGAAAGAGCAGGCAGCACAUGAAGCAGCUUUGUUACAGCACUUACAGCAUCCUCAGUACAUCACUAUCCACGAUACCUACGAGUCUCCCACUUCUUACAUCUUAGUUUUGGAACUGAUGGAUGAUGGCCGUCUCUUAGAUUAUCUGAUGAACCAUGAUGAACUUAUGGAGGAAAAAGUCGCUUUCUAUAUCAGAGACACAAUGGAAGCCUUGCAGUACCUCCACAAUUGCAGAGUGGCUCACUUGGACAUAAAGCCAGAAAAUCUGCUCAUUGAUUUAAGAAUCCCAGUACCUCGUGUCAAGAUCAUUGAUUUGGAAGAUGCAGUUCAGAUCACAGGUCAUUACCACAUCCACCACCUCCUCGGAAACCCGGAGUUUGCAGCUCCUGAAGUUAUCCAAGGCCUUCCUGUCUCCUUGAGCACAGAUAUCUGGAGCAUUGGGGUCCUCACCUAUAUCAUGUUAAGUGGUGUCUCUCCUUUCCUGGAUGAAAGCAAAGAGGAGACUUGUAUUAACGUGUGCAGAGUCGACUUCAGCUUCCCGCCUGAGUACUUCUCCGACGUGAGUCAUGCUGCAAGAGAUUUCAUCAGUGUUAUCCUCCAGGAAGACUUUAGGAGAAGGCCAACAGCAGCCACUUGUUUACAGCAUCCGUGGCUUCAGCCACACAAUGGCAGCUAUUCCAAGAUCCCACUGGAUACCUCCCGCUUGGCUUCCUUCAUUGAGCGCCGCAGGCACCAGUACGACGUGCACCCGGUCCCCAGCGUCAAGAGUUUCCUGAUGAGCAGGCUGAACCCAGGCACGUAA